AUGCCCCACAAAUCAAAAAACACAGCUGAUGGUGGUAACCAAGAGUUAGAUAUUGCAGUGACAAAGGUGAAAAUCAGAAUUGGGAAAAUCAAUAUUCUUGAGAUUGCGAAUAAAUUGCAAUUUGGUACUUACAAUGACAGAGCACAAAAUUUGAGUGAAGUGAACAAGAUGAUUAUAUUAUUCAAGAAGCACAGACAACAGUGGUACAAGGAAAGCAAUGCUCUCAUGAUUGUCAUUGCAUCAAGUCAUCUCCAUGCUGGCCAGGAGUUGAAUGGGAGCUGGAAUGAUCAGGAGAGUUUGAAUGAGAUGAAGUUUGUCAACAGGAAGCCACUGAUACUAGCAUCAGGCCAACACUGGGUGGCCACACUGAAAAAGAUGGUGCAGGCCUUCAUUGAUGAAGAAGCCAUGCUUGAGAAGAGGAUCACACACAUUGAGGGGGUGAAAGACCCCAGUGAUGAUUCAGUGACAGAGCACAUUGAGCUAUGGAACUGCCUUGCCAUAGUGAAAGAGUCAUAUCUAGAUGUGCAGAUGCAGGGACUUAGUGUGACAUAUGAAACUGACAACUCACCAAAUAUCAUUGAUGCCAGAAUGGGUAACCUUGGCUUGCACCUAAGUCAAAAUCAAACCUUGCACAUAUAUGCCAAGACACAAGAGGAGGAAUUGGUGUUGAAAUUGCAUGAUUUUUAUGAUGUCUACCAAGAGGAGGGCAAAGACACUGCCUUGGAGCUGAUCCAACAAGAAUAUGAGAAAGGCAAAGAUGACAAGAAUUUGAAACUAAUAAAGAUAUGGAAAAAUGAACAGCUUGUUAUUACAUUGAUGUGUGACAUCCUCCUGAUGGGGGCACAUUAUCAACACCAGAGUGAGCUAUUGGUCCACUGGCUGUUGGCCAAUAUCUCAGUGAUCAUGGGGGGGAGUAAGGACACAUGUGAGUGGGUGCGAGAGUUGCAUCAGAAGAUACUCUCCAGCAUGGCUGGUGAGUUCAAGACAUUCAUUCCCUAUAUCAAGGGGAUCAAUGAGCUCCUUGAGCAUGGGCUGGGCCAGAAAUCAGAAUCAGAAGAUGACAAAAUAUGGUCAGACCAUGUGCUUGCACGCACAUACAUAUACUUGUUGUCAUUGGACAUGAUCCCAAUGCUGUUGAUGAUGGGCAUGGUGAUGGACUGGGUGUGGAAAGAGUUAGAUGAUGUGAAAGAGGGUGAUAAAGAGGUGUCCCAGUGGUAUAAGGCCAUGAGCGACACUAUGAAGAUCUCUUGCCCCCACACACACACCAUUAACAACUACAUGGAGGCAUUGUGUUAUGAUCAAACUAAGUCUGCGGCUAGAGACAUUGGCAGCGACAAGAUCCAAGGAAAGUACUUGCUAAAGAGGAGAGCUUGCUUAGGGCUCAAAGGGUAG